UUUUUUUUAUAUAUCUGUUUUUUUAUAUUAGAAUUGAAUAGAUUCCUCUUCACUAAUUAUUUGGAUAUAUUAUCUCUAUUCAUUCCAUAUUCUAUACCUUUUAAACGAAAAAAAUAAAAGAACAAGAAAACAAAAAUUUAUAUAUUUAUAUAUACACACAUAUAUACCUUAUUCUAUAUAUACAGAGAAAAUGAAUCCUUCUUCUGAAACAAUAUUAAACCAAAAUACAGAGAAUCAAAAUAUGAAUCUCGAAAAUCAUCACUCAUAUGUAAGAAAGAGAACAAGAGCUACAGCUGAACAACUUGCAGUACUUGAAGAUACAUUUGCAGUCAAUGUGAGUCCAAAUAGUAAACUUAGAAAGCAACUCGCUGAACAAUUGAAUAUGAGUGAAAGAUCAAUUCAAAUUUGGUUCCAAAAUAGACGCGCCAAAGUGAAACACAUGCAAAAGAGAGCACAGAUGCAAAUGCAACAAGCUGCUAUGAGAGCUCAAUUAUAUCAUUAUCAUCAACAACAACAACAACAACAACAACAAUAUAGUAUGAUGUCGGCUUAUGGACCUCCUGCUCCUCCUCCUCCUCCUCCUAUGCUUCCUUUACAACCUUCUCUUUAUUCACCACAUCAUCCUCAACAACCUACACCUCAACAGCCCUUUUAUUUCUCUCCUGCUUAUCUUCGUCGAAUUCCACCUUUACCUCGUGCUCAAAGUGUGGAUGCAGUCGCGUAUUAUGGUAGUCCAUCGGCCGAUAUCUCAGCUCGUUCCUCUUUUCCAACUACUGUACCUGAACCCUUUAUGCCUCACGAAAGUCUUACACCUUCACCUCCUCAUCUGAAUCAGUCCUAUUCCAUCUCGAAUGGUGCCCCUGGUACUUGGUCUGUACCACCACCUAACUAUCAUCUCUUUGACAACGCUUCUUCUCCUAUUAAACUUUCAAGACAGAGUAUGCCACCUUAUAAUCCAUUAUCACAUACAUUCAUGGAUGACGUGAUGACUCCAUCUGAAUUUACUUCUUCACAUCCUAAUACCGAGAAUUCUAAUUCAAAGCAAAUCUUAUCCGAAGAUUUCCCUGAUUUCGUACACGGUCAAAUCUCUCCUUCUCCUAGUCCUAAUCACGAUGAUAAUCCUCAUUCUGCUUCUUAUUUUUCUCCUACAAAGGAUGAUUCCCUUUCAAAUUUAAAUGUUAAAUCAACAGAGGAGGAAGGUAUGAAAGGUAGCGAUGAUUCAUUUGAUGAUAAAAAAGUAUCAGAAGACCCAACUGCUGCACUAACAGAAACAGAUAUGUGGAUCUCUUCUCCAAAUAUCGAAUCUCGUUCGGCUGAAUCUAUUGUAGAUAAUGUAACAUCUUCAUCUUCUAUUCCUACUGUUGAAAAUAAACCUUCUGAAGAAGAGCCUACUGUAAAUCCAUCCAACUUAAUAAUGACCACGACGACUACAGAUAAUUCUCCUACACUAGAAAAUGAAGACAUAACUCAAGAACAACACUUGAAUGCGACAACACUCACCAUUGGUACAUGGCAUCGACUUAAACUUCAAUCUUCAGAUUUAAUUUGUCUCUAUAAAUUUGAACAAAGGACUUUAUAUGGUAUAUCGCAGAAGGUGCCCAUCUCGAAUAUCGUUAGUAUCGAAUUCACGCCAUCCUCCUUGGCGGCGACUGGUGUUGGUGAGGCUAUAACCUCUGAUAUUCAUUUCUAUAUUACCCAACCUCCCCUCUUUUAUAUGGAAACUAGAAAAGAAAAGGAUGAAAAAGAAUGGAUUCAAUGCAGUGAUUUUACAGAGAACAAACAAGCUUCAAGGUAUCUUCGUCAUACCUUGAAGGGUCCACAAUUAAAGCAAGACUUGAUACAAUUAAUGAAUAAACGGGAAGAAUUACGCAAGUUGAUUCGUUUUUUGGAUGAACAAACAACUACUGCAGCAACAGCAACAACAGCAGCAUCCGCCUCAGCAACAACAGUGACACCACUUUUACCAUCACAACAACAACAAGCAACAAUGAUUGUUCCUUCUGCUGCUGCCGCUGCUACUACUACCACUACUACUAAUACUAUCUCUACUACAACUAAUUAUUAUCCUUAUUAUUAUUAUCCUUCAGGCUUAAAUGUCACUACACCCAUGUCACUUUCAUUAAAUGGUAAUCCUUCUUCUAUCAUGGCUAAUACUGAACAACCACCAGUACCAUGUGGAGGAUUUUAUUCUUAAAUAAUUGUUAUUUUUAUAUAUGUAUUCACUUUUUUUUUCUUUCUUCCUUAAAAUAAUAAACUGUAACUCAUUAUUAUUAUUAUUA